CCGGUAAUUGCCGUUGUCAGGACAAUAUGCUGAAAUUGUUUACGAGAAUUUUCCCUUGGACUUAGUUCACAUUUCAUUUUCAAGUCAAGAACAACUAUAAAGAGAAAUAUUACAAUCCGAAACAAUAUCUGAAUAAAGAUGUCGCAUCAGAAACGUCGAGAGAAGCCCAACAAGGAAACUCGCUGGGAUCGCAUCCGCAAGCGGCACCAGCAGGUGAAUGCUUUGGGUCUGAAGACGGAUGCAGUGCGUCGCCUCAUCGAGGCGGAUUACGUGGGAAGGCGACAGGAGCGGAUUCUGAUCGAAGGAGAAAAUACGAAGCAUCUGAAUCCUAGUGUUAUAAUGGACAUGCGACAUAAGAUGUUUCAGAAGAUACCACACAAACUUCCCCUGGCCACCAUCGCCCAUGACCAUGGCAACUCACUGGAAGCCACCAAGGCGCACAAUCUGGAGGUGGAACAGCGGUUCAUUGACAAUCAGCUGCAGAAGUUUCGCCAGCAGUUGUCCAGGCAGUUCCAGCGGAGCAAGUCGCACCGCGUGCCGCCCACCAAGCCGGACUUCAAACUGAACCAUGCGCCGCUGGUGAAGAGUCUGGCCCAGGCUGCCCAGCACAUAGACAACUUCUACAGCACUCCUGUCCAGGCAUUGGGUCAAAUGGCGCAGAUGUGCUCGGACACCAAGACGGCGGCCACCAAGAGCCUCAUCCAGCAACUGAGAUCGGAGCCGGAGAAGGAGGCGGACAUGGACAGCGAGUGGGUGGAGCAGGAGGCCCAGGUGAUGGUGCUACCUGCGUUGCUGGAGGAGCAGGCCAUAUCCUUUGAUGCCCUGGAGUAUCGCAACUUUGCCAAGCAAGUCCAGGCGGAUGAGAGCAAGGCGAAGCUCCUAAGGUGCCGAACCCCGAGUCCAUUGACCUCCACGGAGGAGUUCUUUCGACCCAUGCGGGCGGCAGCCGAGCGUCAGAUGCUCCAUGUCCGUACCGUCCGCCACGAGGAGGAGCUGCAGGAGGGGAACAAGCAGGAACAGCAGCCGGAGGAAAAUUCCACAGUGCUGAAAAGGGAAUCCUCCACCUGCUCCAACACCAGCGAUGGCAUCGAUUCCGUGAUAUCCGACUUGGCAGAGGAGGCGCUCUAUGAACUCCAGUUGGAGGCCGCCGAGAAGCAAAACGACCAGCUGGACAAGGAGUUACCCAUGCCGCCCAAGCACGUGCAGUUUCAGUUGCCCCAAAAGAAGACUCCCACACCGAUUACCCAUCCCAUUGGAGAAACCGAAGGCAAGGAGGAGCCUGAACCCGAACCGCUGCUCAUCCGGCGGAUAGAAUUGCCCAAGGUUGUGGUGAAGCCCAAGGAACCCGAGCAACCGGAGCUCUCCAGCGAUAGUGAAGAUGAAUCGGCUGUGGCACCUGCCCACGAGAAGCAGAAGAUCAUCGAGCAGCUGUUCCAGGCCAGGGCCAACACCCAGUUGGUGGUGAUGCGCAAGUAUUUCCUCAAGUGGAUCCACUUUACCACCAUGGAGAAGAUCGAGCGGGAGCAGGGACAAUCCAUUCAGGCACGGGACAACCGGGUGCAGAAAAUCAACGCCUUUCUGGAUAAAGUGCGGCAGGAGAAGAAGCGACAGCGCACGGAAACGGUUGAGGAGACCAGUAAGAUCACCCAGAAAUCCCUGGAGCAGCGACAGGAGGCCGUCAAGAUGGCCAAGCAGUUUAAGAAUAAACUUAAAGUACAGCAGGACAUCAUUGACUUGCAAAGGAUUAAGUUAGAGCGCCAGGAGCGGCUCAUAAUGCAGCUCAAGCUGACGAAGCUCAGCGACGAGGCCAAAGAGGCUCGCGAGGAUCUCAAGCAGGAGCUGAAAACGGUCAUCCGUUGCGGCGAUCCCAAGGCAAAAGCCAAGGCCAAGUGCCUGCAGCUGAUCGGCAGUCUGCGGGAUGCGGAGGACGAGGAGAUGGAUCGGCUGCAGGGAAAGGCGCUGCUGCAGCCACGGUUCCUCCAGCACAUGCAGGAACGGGCCACGGAGCGCAGUGUGCGCCAUGAGCAGGCUCGUCAGCGGCGGGCACAGGCGGAUGCCGAAAGGGAGGCGGCCAAGGUGGCACUAGAGGAGGCUAAGCGCCAGGAGGACGAGGAAGCCAAACGCCUAAGGAUGGAGGUCCUCAAGGAGAAGCGACGCCAGGAGAAAAUGGCCAAGGUGCUGAAGGAGCGCGAGCGCCAACGCUUCAUCGAAAACCAGCGAAAGGCAGUGGAGUUCAGUCGGCGUCUUCUCCUCAACCGAAUUGGCAUGGAGGGCUUCAAGCGACUGCUGCAGCGAAAGCGCGAGAACCUGGUCAAGAGCGAGGAGUUCCGCUGCCAGUUGGUCAAGAAGAACGCCUUUCAGUCGUGGCACAACUACACGGCCUAUAAACAGCGGGAAAAGAUGAUCCGAGCCGAGAGAUGUUGGCAUACCAUCCUCAAGCGGCGUGCCCUGUCCAUUUGGUUGGUUUAUGUGCAGAAUGAGAAGAGCAAGAUGCUGGUGGCCAUCGACUGGCAUGCACUUCAUGCCAUGGAACACUGGUUUGGCCGCUGGCACAACUACACCACGCGCUGCCGGAUGAUUGAGGACACGAAGACGCGGCAAGCCAUCUCCCAUCAUGAUUGGCACUUGAAAUGGAAGGUCCUGGACUGCUGGCGACGCCUGCCGCAGAUCCUCAAGAUCGAGAAGGAAACGGAGGAGCGCCGCCAGCGAUGGCGCAUGAAGAUCUGGGAGCUCCUGCCGGAUUACAAACCCAGAGAGGAUAGCCUUUGGUAG